AUGGCCGCCACGAACAGGAAGACCAGGCCGGAGAGGAAGAGAGUGCUGGUUGUCGGAGCUGGAGCUGCAGGCAUGUCAUGUGCUCACCACCUUGCUGAGCACCUGGACAAAUUUGACGUUACUCUCAUUGACGCUGUCGACUAUUGUGGCGGACAGGCUUUCUCAAUCCCAAUUGAUAAAGAACGUCAUGGGGCUAGUUGGAUGAAUCAAGGCGUUCAGGGUGGAAGCUAUAUCUUUCAUCACACAAUGACAAUGUUUGCAAGGCAAGGACAUCAUGCAGACCCGGUAAAGCUUCAGGUUUCUUUUGGCAAAGAUGAUAUCUUCUGGUCCAAUGUGUUCCCGACCCAACUCUUGGCCAAACACCAAAAGCAGAUCAGGAGAUUUAAGAGGAUGCUCACUAUCGUCCGAUGGUUCGAGAUUUUCUUCGCACUGAUACCUAUCAAGUACUUGAUGAAAAUCUUCUGGUUCUCCGACGAAUUUUGUAACUCCAUUAUUUUACCCAUGGUUGCUCUUUUUCUAGGUACUGGGAAUUACACCCCUGAAGUGCCCAGCAUUAUCCUCGAAAGGCUCUGCACAAGCCCAACAUAUGGGAUGUGGUACCCCAUGGAUAAUCUUAGUGUUGCAAGCAACUUACCGCCUAUGGUUGUCUUUCCUAAGUUCGGGGCGUUUUAUGAACAUUGGAAGACGAGUUUGGUAUCAAACGGCGUCAAUGUCCGUUUGUCAACGGAGCUAACGAAGGUCGUGAAGAGGGAUAACAGCGGUGUGACUGUUCGACUUAUAAAGCGUACCCCUGCGGCUGAUGGGCACAAUCCUAAUAGCGCAUGGGUGCCUCACAACACCAAAAGUAAUGCAGAUGCUGGUGCCCAAGAGGUGGAAGAGCACUACGAUGAGCUGGUUUUAUGCGUACUCGCAGACACCGCAAAGCGCAUUCUCCAGACAACGUCGAGCUUCUUCGAAAGGCGCGUCCUUGGUUCCGCUAAAUUCGCGGACGAUAUCACGGUAACCCACUGGGACAGCAACUAUAUGAAGAAGAAUUACGAGAACUUCUACAAUUCCGACCAAGCUGUGAACACACUCUCUGGUGUCGACCAAACCAAUCGAACUCAGAUGGCCGAAAAAUUCUUCAAGCCCAUGUACAUGAUCAAGACUUAUCCGCAAGAUCGUACCAAGCUUGAAAUGUGCUUCGAUUGCACAAAUUAUCAAAGCCAGUUUCCACCGGAAGUUCCCUUCGAUAAACAUGUCUUCCAGACUAUCUUCCUGAACAAGCAACGCGAUGGACACCUCUGGAGCAUCGACGAGAUUGAUGAGAAUAAAAUUAUCAGGAAAGAUUGGUGGCACCAACUAUGUCACUCAUGGACUCAUUACGCAUUCGUAGUGCCCGGUAUUUGGCUCCUCCAAGGAAGAAAACAUACUAGAUUCGCGGCAGCUUGGACCCUUGUCAAUGCACAUGAAACCGCAGUCAUUUCUGGUAUCGCCGCAGCUGUGGAUUUGGGAGCUACAUACCCUGAAGACCUUGAGAGGGAUAGGUUUGCUCUAUUGAGUUUUCGACUAUACUACUUGUUGGUGUACGGAAAGUGGUAUAGAAGGAAGGCGGCGAAGGAGGGGGAGGGGAACGAUUGGGCAAGUGGACUUUACGGAAGUGUGUACAAGGGGCCGGGUGUUGUGGAGCAGGAGAGGUUAACAUGGAGAAAAGAGAAUGGAAUCAAGAGUUGA